CCUGGCAUCUCUGCAUAUCACUUUUUUCGUUCUCUUCCAACUUGGGGUUGCAAAGACCCCAUUUUGUUUCUUAUUCACAUAAAUAAUUUAAUAUUGUUUGAAAUUUUCUUCGUUUUAUGAUUAAAUCUGAUUGUACACUAGCUGUAGGAAAAAUCAUGUCCCAAUCAUCACAACGCGAGAAUCAAGUCGCUUCGGCAGUGCUCGCAACCGCAGCGGUUGCUGGUGCAAUUUACGGCUUCAAAAAAUUGUUCGAGAGUUUUGCAGGUCCGAGUCCACUUCCUAACCAAGUGACAGAUCCACUUCCUAAUCAAACGACAAACUCACUUCCUAACCAAACGAUCCAGAUAGUAACAAAUUCCAAUGAAUGCGUACGCGCAGUUAAUACCUUACGAGCGCAUUGCCAGGAACAGCGAAUUCUUGGGUUCGAUUGUGAGUGGGUAAGCGAUCUAGGCGAGAACCACCCUGUGGCCCUCAUGCAGUUAGCAUCGCAUCGUGGAUUCUGCGCCCUGUUUCGACUGUGCGAGAUGUGGCCUGUUCCAGCACAACUGCGCGAUCUUUUGGAUGAUCCAAGUAUUCUGAAAGUCGGUGUCGCUCCGGACGAGGAUGCAAAGUUAUUGAAGACUGAUUACAAUUUGACGGUAGCAAGCAUACUGGAUAUACGACACCUGGCGAAGAAGAUUGAUUUUCCGCCGCCAUACGGGUUGGGUGAUUUGGCUGAAAAUGCGUUGGGGUUCACGAUGGAUAAAGACUGGUGUAUCAGGGCGUCUAACUGGGAGAGAUCGGACUUAACUGAUCGGCAGAUUAAGUAUGCAGCAAACGAUGUACAUGUAGCGGUGGAACUGUUUGAAGUAUUUGCUAAACGGUUGGUUGCACGAGGAAUGUUGACUUCACGAAGAGACUGGCUAGAGAAGGUGAUAGAGGAAAUAAAUUUUUACAUCGAUCAGCCAUUUCGGGCUACAACACACCUAAUGGACAAGGCUAGAACAAAAAAUUAAUUAAACCUUUAAAUGCGCAACAUUGCGAAAAACUAAGAAUAAUCGUAGUAACGUAUAUAUUCUAAUAUAGAGAAUUUUCACGAAAUUUACAGCAAAAAUCUAUUUGCGCCUUUUUGGGUUAAAACCAGUGUAAACAUUCAAGUUAUGCCUUUUUCCUAUAUUUAAUCAUAUUUUUACUAAUAUUUUAAUUUACAUUUCUGAUUCAAUAUAUUGGGUGUUCGGUUACAAGUA